CACACAAUAAAGCUUUCCUCUCUUCAGGGUAAUUUCUUGAUAUUGUUAUACACCUUCAAUCUGAUUAUAUCCAAGAUUUUUGCCUAAUUUUCAGUUUAGUUUAUUACUAAUAUAUUUAAUUUGUGGUUCUUCAUAUGUUUUAAUUUAAAUCUGUGGAAAUGCAAAAGAUAAUUCAAGAAUAAAUACACAAUUGAACAACAAAGUUUUAUUUCGUUUCUGGUCGUCUGCUGAUGUAAUCGAUAGAUUGAUGAAGGAUUGAAGAGGGCGUUUUUGGGUGCACUUGUGCUUGGUAAGAUUAUAUUGAAUUUGAAGAGUACCGAGAAACCUAUCUAACAAUCUGGAGAUUGUUUUGAUCAUUAACAGUAUGAUAUUGCAUUUACAGAAUGAAUAUCUGUUAUUUUUUGUUUGUGAAAAGACGAACAUAAAUAGUGAAGUCUAUCAAAUGUGAAUUUCAAUCGAUGUCGGUUUAUUUUUUGUAACACACAAGUGUUUGUAACAACAUAUUCAACAUUGUGUCAGAUGUGAAUAACGUCUUGAAAGUCGAUUCAAAUUUAAGUGAUGAAAAUGGCCAAAAUUACUUGCAAAGAGGUUUGGGAACUUGUUAAACUUUUGAGAAUCGAUGUUUUUUACUUUUUGGCAACUUUAAGUACUUCAUUACCUGGAAUCGCUCUCAACCAACUGAUGCAGGAUAAAUAUUGUAUCAACAAAUAUUCGCAAAAUGAAAGUGUCUGUUUAAACUUGGAAAAUGCUGGACCUGAAUUCGAUACAGUCAAGAAUGAUGUAUUGAAAGACACUACAACACUUAAAAUGCAUGUUACUCUAAUGACAACAAUACCAGCGAUUAUUUUAUCACUCAUUUUGGGUUUUUGGAUGGAUAAAUAUCCUGGUCAUCUAAGGUAUCUUUCUGGUGUAGCAUCUUUAGCAAUCGUUUGUCAAAACAUUAUGAUUAUACAUCAAUGUUUACACUUUGAAAUGGGCGCUGACUCAUUAUUAUGGACGAAUUUGGUUCCAGUUUUAACUGGAAGCGGAAUUGUUAUCACAAUAGGAACAUUUACUUAUGCAACAAGAAAGACACCAGCCAAGUUUCGAGCUGUUAGGUUCAUGAUAAUCGAAAUUUGCUUAUUUGCAACUAUGCCUAUUUCAAGCCUUUUGGGAGGAGGUUUGCUUGCAGCUAAACCAUGGUUUCCUAAUCAGCUUCGUAACUACAUUGGAGUUUAUAUCAUUUCAUCGGUAUUAGCGGUUAUUGCGGCUGUUUGGGUUGUGUUGUUGCUAUAUGACGCUGCUGAUGAUGAGGUUAAAACAGAUGAACCUCAACCAAAUGGUGAUGCUUCAAGUUCUGAAAAUAUUGAAACCAAGAAGAAAACAGUGAAACAAAUAAUUUAUGAUAUAAUAAAACCAGAUAACAUUUUCCAUGCAAGUCGCACAGUUUUCAAAAGAAGACCAAAUAAUGCUCAUUGGUAUUUGAUUUCAACACUUGCGACUGGAAUUAUAGCAAACAUUUGUUAUAACGGUGAUCAAUACAUAGGAUACCAGUUUACCCAAAAAGUAUAUCAUUGGAGUGCUGAGCAAAUUGGAUAUUAUGGGUCCAUUGUCAUUAUUUUCCCUGCAUUGGGUGCACUCAUCGGUCCUCCAUUAUUCAUUCAUAAAAUGAACCUUCAUGAUACUUCAUUGGCCAUAAUAGGUACUGUUUCAAUAAUGGUCGCUUUUCUCGGCAAAGGUUUCAUCCUUAGUCCAGUAGCCUACUUCUUCGCCAUAUUUGGAUGUUUCGCUGGUGUCAUAUUUGUUGCCGAUCGGUCAAUCAUUUCUCGGAUGAUUGAAAAAGACGAGAUCGGGCAAGUUUACGCCUUUUCAUCUGCUGUUGGAGGAUUCGUUCCAACACUUUCAUCGUUAUUCUACACCACAGUGUUUACAGCUACAUUGGACUACAAUCCUGGUAUUGCGUACAUAAUUACUGGCUUAUUAUUCACCAUUCCUUUAGCUAACUAUAUCUUGCUCAACAUAAAAAAGCAGAAAUGGGAUUUAGUUUUGAUUGCUGAGAAGGAAACUCACGAAGAAAAAACGAAUUUUCUAUCAGAUGAAAGAUAGCAAAAUCAAUUCACUCAAUGGACAUCAUUAUUCAUCUCACCUUUUCACGUUUUACAAGAAAACUCGCUAACAAAAUCGUGAUGUUCAGAAGCUAGGAGGAAAUGUCUUGAAAGAAUUGUGUUUCACUUUUAAACUGUGUAAAAAUAACUUCGCGCCCGUCUCUUUUUCCUCAUGAAGUCACCUUUCACUGUAAAAAGCUCAUCAGCCAUCAAAAUCAAAUAUGAACCGUAUUAAUCUCGCAAUUAACUGUGAUCUACCGAAGCAUACCUAUGGAUAUGACUUAUCGGUACAAUUCAGUUUUGAAUAUAAAAACUCGACAAUCCGAUUGUUCAAAUUAUUUUGAAAGCAUUCACGUUACUAAAUUUGAACUGGAAAACAAUAGAAAAAUAUUAAGCAAUAAAGUUUAAUAAAUUUA